AUGAAAUCAGUAGAUACGAUAUUGUUUGAUGUGUCCAAAAAUGAAUUGUUCAAAAUUACGGAGAACUAUAAAAUGCUACAUAGGAAACUGAAGACGACUUGGAAAGUUAUGAUAAAUCGCGAGGAACUAUCCUCUUACAUCCUGGAAGAUGUUAGAAUACUUGUGAUACCAGGGCCUCAGAACGCAUUCACAGAUAAUGAAUUAUCAUGUCUAAAGAAUAUGGUCGACCGAGGAGACUCGGUCCUCGUUGCCAUGUCAGACGGCGGAGAAGAACGGACGAAUACAAAUAUUAACUUCUUUUUAGAGGAAUUUGGGAUAGUUGUUAAUAAUGAUUGUGUAGUCCGUGCGAAAUAUCACAAGUUCUACCAUCCGAAGGAGUGUCAUAUCUCCAAUGGAAUAUUGAAUAGAGCCCUAACCAAGUACUUGAUGAAAAUGCCCAACUACAGUAGCGAGUCUGACGAUUUUCUGGAGGAUCCAGCGACGCCAAAUUUCGUGUACCCCUUUGGAGCCACGUUGACAGUAAAAAAGCCUGCUGCAGCAGUUCUAUCCAGCAGUGAUGUAUGUUAUCCCGUCAAGAGGCCUGUUGCUGCUAUGUACACUUCUGACAAAAGCGGUGGUAAAUUAUUUGUAAUUGGCUCGGGUCAUUUUUUUGCGGAUCAAUAUCUAGAGUGUGAGUGCAAUGAUCUCAUCAGAGAAAUGGUGUUUAGUUACCUGGGAGGAGCCACCGACCUGCACCUUAACCCCGUGGACGUGGAAGACCCUGACAUCAACGAGUACCGCACUCUGGGUGACAUGAUGUGGUUGAGCACGCUGCCAUUGCCAGAACCUGCGACUGCUCCUCCACCGAGAAUGGCUCCAUUACAUCCGCAUGCGUUGUUUACUUGGAGACUGUUUUCGCUGAAUCUAGCUCAGUUGCCAGAGGUACUAGGACUGUAUGAGCCUUUAGGAAUUAAACAUGAACCAUUGCGGCUCAUUGCGCCGCAGUUUGAGACUCCGUUCCCGCCUCUACAAUUAGCAGUAUUUCCACCUACAUUCAGAGAACCCCCUCCUCCACCGUUGGAACUCUUUGAUCUGGACGAAGCAUUUAGCUCCGAGAAGUCUCAACUUGCGAGGCUUACCAAUAAGUGUCUGCAGCCUACUGCAUCUAGGUUAGGACAAGGAGAUGGCCGUCAGAUAGAAAACGAACUAGAAUACUUUGUCCGUGAAUGUGGACGAGUAGUCCGACUGUCAAAAGCUUUGCCUCCAGAUGAGGGUCCAGCAGGCAAAUCUAUACUGCAUCAAUUAGCUGUUCAGCUAGCCACAUACAAAAAAAUUGCACCUAAAGACUAG